CACAAAGCUGUCAACAGUCUCCUGCCCGCUUCAUUGUAGCUGUAUUGUCUUUUUGGACCCCCAUUGUUUCCUCAACAGCAGCUCUAUUGAGGCGUUCAUACAAGACAGUAGUGUGUUCAAUACAGAAGCAUCAAACGCUCCAGCCCUGCUCAUGGCAAAGAUGAGCUGGGCUGUCGGUACACAGUGUGUAGCCAAGGGGGACCACAGGAAACUAAAACCUGGAGAACUGGCAUACAACAAAGGAGACAUCCUCACUAUUGUUGACACGAGCACGAAGAAAGGAUAUUACCAGGCCAAACACAACACCACAGGAGAGGAGGGACUCAUAAACUCCACCAAUGUGCGUGAAAGAGAGGCUCUGCGUGUCGACCCCGGCCUCAGCCUCAUGCCCUGGUUUCAUGGGAAGAUCUCUGGUCCAGAGGCAGUGUGUAAGCUGCAGCCCUCCGAGGAUGGCCUGUUCCUGGUUCGAGAGUCCAUCCGCCAUCCCGGCGACUACGUCCUGUGUGUCAGUGUCUCUGGAGAGGUCAUCCACUAUCGGGUGAUUUAUCAGGACAGCAAGCUGACCAUCGACAACACACAGUAUUUCUACAACCUCAUUGACAUGAUAGAGUUCUACUCAAAGAACAAAGGUUCCAUUGCCACAACUCUCCUGAAGCCCAAACAAAAACAAGGAGCCAAGUCAGCUGAGUUGGAGCUGUCUAAAAAUGGAUGGCUGAUGGACAUUACAAAGCUCAUCCUGGGAGAGACUAUUGGAGAGGGGGAGUUUGGCGCUGUUUAUGAAGGAGAGUAUAUGGGCCAGAGGGUGGCAGUAAAGAUCAUAAAAUGUGAUGUCACCGCUCAGGCAUUCCUGCAGGAGACAACCGUCAUGACGAAGCUCCAGCAUAAAAACCUUGUACGAUUGUUGGGGGUCAUUCUUCACAAAGGGCUUCAUAUUGUCACAGAGCUCAUGACUAAGGGAAACCUUGUUAACUUUCUCAGGACAAGGGGACGUUCAGUCGUGAACUCAGUUCAGCUGCUCCACUUUGCUCUUGAUGUGUGUGAGGGGAUGGAGUACCUGGAGUCCAAGAAGUUGGUUCACAGAGAUUUGGCAGCUCGUAACGUGCUGGUCUCCGAUGACAAAGUGGCCAAGGUCAGCGACUUUGGGCUGACCAAGGUGGACUCAAAGGUCUCAGAUAAUGCCAAACUGCCCGUCAAAUGGACCGCCCCUGAGGGUCUGAAGAAAGAGAAAUUCUCCACGAAGUCAGAUGUUUGGAGCUACGGUGUUCUUCUGUGGGAGAUCUUCUCUUACGGUCGCCAGCCUUACCCUAAGAUGUCUCUGCAGGAGGUGAAAGAGAAAGUGGAGCAGGGCUAUCGCAUGGAGGCUCCAGAGGACUGCCCCCCUGGUGUUUACUCCCUGAUGAGGAUUUGCUGGGAGCAGGAGCCACGCAAAAGACCUGCUUUCCACAAACUGAGAGAGAAACUUGAACGAGAAAUGGCUAAAAUCAGCCCAAGCCCUGGGUCCCAGCAUCGGGAUGGGAUCAGGUCUGGAUGCUGAUCUUGGCUGGGAAUCUUGAACUCACAAGGGUGGGAAUAGAGUGCCGGCAUAUUGUCACCCCCUCCUGCAUUGGUGCUGUUCUCGCACACAUAACUGUUCCAACUGGAUUCCUUUAACCUAACGGAUGACAAGAUGAUCAUUAUGUUUCUCUGGUCAUCAUGUUAUACCAAUGAGAAAGUGUUUUAAUGUUUUUUUGUAAACGGAAUAUACUAAACAUUUAUUUAAGGGGCUCCCCUUAAAUAAAUGUUUGAAUGGGUGAAUCAAACCAAUAAUGUGAUCAGAUUUUUUGCCAAUCAUGGAUUGCCAGAGGAUGAAUCCAAAUAACUUUUUACAUUUAAAAAUAUGUUGAAAUUGCUUUUGACUACAAAAAAAGGGAUGGAUCUGAUUUCACUUUAAAUCUCUCAGACGACAAACAUUUAAAAUCAACCCACAGAGCAAUGCACAGGCACUAUUUGUAGUCUGUAGUCUGUUGACACUAUGCUUGUAGUAGCCUACUGCACCAUACAUACUGUAAGUCUGGUGAUAUUGUUUUUUUGUCAACAUGGCCCAUGUAGAGAAAAAAACAACAAUGCAUGAAUCCCACUAAUAAAUAUUGUCCAUGUA